GGGAUUCCCGCCGGGCAGGCGGGCGGGGGCCGCGCCCCCUCCCCAUGUCAACACGCGGGGCACGGGGCGCCUGCGCCGGUCCGUGCGCGUCUUUUCCUCUCAUGCGCGGUAUUUGCUUCCCCGGCAGGGCUCGGGGCCCGGCCUAGCGGCGGCGGCGGCGGCGGCGGCGGCGGCGGCCCCCGCGGGCCGGGACGGAGGGAAGGGCAGCGGCGCCCCCCCCGCUGCUCCGCGCCCGCCCGCCCGCCGGCCCCCGCGGCGGAGGAUGGCCGAGGACUCGCCCAAGCGGCGCAAGGCGAAUUUCAACGAGGCGGAGACGGAGGUGCUGAUCGAGCAGGUGCUGAAGCACGAGCAGCUGCUCUUCGCGGCGGGACCCGGCCGCGCAUCCCCAGGACAGAAGCGGAAGGUGUGGGAGCUGAUCCGGCACAAGGUGAACCCGGUGGCCGCCUGUCCCCGCGACGUGGAGGACCUGAAGAAGCGCUGGCGGGACCUGAAGCGCCGCGACCGCAGCAAGCUGUGCCGCCUGUCGCAGGGCUGCGGGCCGCCCGGCCCUCCCGCCCUCGGCCUCCUCCUGGCCCCCGAGGAGCUGCCGCCCGCGCCGCCCCCCCGCCGCCAGCGCCGCGCCUAUGGCUCCCUGCUGCCCGCCGAGGCCGUGCCCAUCGUGGGCGGCAUCGACACGCUGGAGCUGCCCGGCGCCGUCGUGGGGGACAUGGGGUUUAAUGGCAAUCCUGGCCCAUCUCAUCAAUCCAGUCUUGAGAAGAUGAACCUCAAAGAAGAGAUAGUAGUGAAGGUGGUAGAGCCAGAAGAAAGCUCUGAGGACAUGUUUGUGGUUUCACCUAGUCAAGAAGAACUGCCUUUUCUGGGGACAUCAGGCGGUAGUUCCUCUGGGAAAGGAAAAGCCAAAACAAAAGGCAGGUCCCAGGCAGACCAAAAUGAAAUAACUGAAGAGGACCUACUGCAGAUUCAGCAGACCCAGAUACAGGUGAUCCAGUCUGGCUUUGACAGUGUCAACCACAAUCUUCGGCUGCUGCAGCAAGGCAUGCAGGAUCUGAGUAACAGCAUCAGUAUCAUGGCGCAUACGCUUGUUGCUAUCAAAAACGUCUAUGUGAAAAACAACACUGGCCCGACCACACAGGCCACUGCCUCUACUCAGACCACAGCUGGGUACCUGAGCCCAGGUUCCCCCCAGAUCUCCCCUGCUGAGGACAGAGGUAGAGUGCAGGCAGCUGGAAGCAGCAGCAGAAGCAGCAGCUGCAGCUCCAGCUCCAUGUCACAAGAACCAGGUCCCUCUGAGUUUCCUAGGCCCCCUGUGAGAACCAUUAAGAAAGAACAUCCAAAUGGCUGCUACUACUUCUGCUUUGCAGAUGUGUAAAAACUUGAAUAUAUGUAAAGUGACUGUGUGUUAGGUGCUGUUGUAUGUUCUGCUCCGGCCUGUGACUUUGAAGGAGCACAAUGGACUUGCCUCCCGUGUUUUUCCCAGUGGGAAACAGUUUUGCUAUAGGUGGCAUUAAACACUAAUUAUCAGUCUCCUGUUUGUUAACUCUGUUGCAGUGGGCUAAUAAUGUUCUUCUCUUUUCUUUAUCCUCUUACUCUCUUAAAAAAACAAACAUUUAUUUUGAGUAAGACUUUUGUCUGUAUCAUCCUUUGUUUCAUGUCACCUUUUGAAAAAUAAAAGGCAUGA